UUCGUAUGCCAUAAUUGAAGUUUUUCUGUCAUUUUUGAUUUGUGUUGUUCUAGUUACUUUCAAUAAAAAAUGCCAACACGUCAAUUAUAUGUUUAUACUUGUUUUGGCUAUGUCCUGUUCAGCUUAAUGUUUGAUAUCAAUGGGCUUGCUAAUAAGUGUUUUAACUGCGAAUCAAGAAUGACAAAUUGCCAGCCCCCCGAAGAUCUUUGCGAAUGCACAUCGCCAUUGAAGGAUUCUAUGAAGCUUGUACCGCUCGAAGGUCAACCCAAUGCAGAGCUGGAAGAUUGUCUGAAGCCCAAUAUGAAUUUAACUGCUCCGCUGGUAGGUGUCUUGUGUUCUAUUACCAAAAAUAAUACCUGUGGCGUAACUUCAAAUGAAUAUAAUGAUGUGGAUGCUGUGUGCUGGUCGUGCAAUAUUGCUUGUAACUGCCAUUCGGUGACGUUGUCAAACGCUGUAAGAGAUGUUAAGUCGGCUAUUUACUUGGAUGCGUUUCCCAUUUUACUAUAUAUAACUAGUUUGAUUAUUUACCAACACAUUUUUUAUACAAUCUUAUAAUUAACACGUGCUCUCAGAC